UCGGCUCCUGGAAGCGUUGGGAUGUAGUCGUAAGGUAUUAUAACUUCCACAUUCACCUGUGACAUGAAUUUAUUGAUGACUGAAAAGCGUGUGCAUUUAACUAACGUGUGAAUAUCGUGUGUCCGUGCGACUUGUGAGUGCGUGUGAAUAAAGGUGACACCUUUUCCUGUAACUUUGAAAUUGAAGUUUUGGGGUGUGAUUUUGACUAUGAAUACGUGUAAAGUGUAUUAACGAAAUGCUGGAAGUUGACACGAUGGAAACGGACAGCAGUUGCGUGCCCCUGGAUUUGAGCGUGAGCUCCGCGGCGCGGGGCAAGUGUUCGUCACCACCCGCGCUGAGCCCUUGUCGCGACUACUGUACGGAUUCGGAGGAUUCGGACGGACAGUCGGGCCGCAUGUCACCAGGUAGCAAGAACUGCAAGGCUUACAAGAAGUCCCUCAUGAGGCGCUACCUGGACACAGCAGUGCCGGGCUCACACUCACUUCUUGAUCUGGGCGUCACAUCACCGUCCCCACCGCCAGUCAAGCGAGAGCCCGCAGAGCAUAAGGCUUUGCUCCAUGGCAUCGUCGGCCAGCACCCCCACGUGGCUCACCGCCCGUCCGCGUAUACCACCUCUACAACAGGCUCUCUACCGCCCAGCCCUGCUGAUUCCGGGGUCUCUGAUGUGGACAGCAGCAGCAGUGGACACACGUCCAACGAUGAGCUCAAGGCGCGCCUGCAGCUCACACCAGGACCCGCGGCGAGAACCCCAGAGAGUCCUGGGCCAGGGCACCAUGGGUUCCUAGCCCCAUACUACCACCACCAUCACCAUCAGCAGCAGUCACAGUCCACUCUGCACCAUUCUAGGAGUAGUCACCACCAGCAGCAGCAGCAGCAGCAGCACUAUACUGGCAGACACCCCGUUCCUGACGGCUACAGUGGGUAUCUGCCUCCUCCGUCCCACCAUCAGCAACAGCAGGCAUACCACCUUCAGACGGCACCCCAACAGUUUGCCGCUCCUCCUGCCAUCCCCACGCCUGUAAUCCAAGCCGCUACUUCCAGCGUGAGUGACGAACUGUACAUGCUGGAUAUAGGUUUCCCACCACGCGCCAAGAAGAAGAUGAAGAAACCAAAGAGUGGAGAACCUGGCGCUGUCAAGCGAAAGAGUCGUGAAGGCUCAACAACGUACCUGUGGGAGUUCCUACUGAAAUUGCUUCAAGACCGGGACUACUGCCCCCGCUAUAUUAAGUGGACCAAUCGAGAGAAAGGAGUCUUCAAGUUGGUUGACUCUAAAGCUGUGUCUCGCCUGUGGGGACUGCACAAAAACAAACCUGACAUGAACUAUGAAACAAUGGGUCGUGCACUCAGGUAUUACUAUCAGCGUGGCAUUCUGGCUAAAGUUGAUGGACAGAGAUUGGUGUACCAGUUUGUAGAUGUGCCCAAGGACAUUGUUGAGAUAGACUGCACAGGAGCGUGACCUGCAGAUUUAUUUGUACAUAUCGAAUCGCCAAAUGGCACCAACUGACUCUCAGUGUGUGCCUUGCAUAAUGGAAAGUGAGUGCAAUUGUCGUUAUAUUCAUGGGACACUCCAGGUAAAACGAUGUUUUCAACGAAUGAAAAGCAAAGAAUAAUAUUUUGCUUCAAAUUAUCCCCUUUUUUUUUUUUGAUGAGAUCUCAGGAACUGCUAAAAACAAAAGAAACAAAGAAAAAAUGAAAGAACUUUAUUUUUGUAAGUGUUUGAAAUUGGUGCUGGGACUAAACUUGGGGUCGGAAUAUCCAGUGAGUUGCUGCCGUGUUAUAGGAACCGUAGUCGAAUAAUGAUAAUAUAUACUACACAAUAAAUGGAUCUGCACUCUACAAACAGUUUUGGGAUUAUUUAGUACCUGUUAAUGGAUAAUCCAAGAGAAAUCCUUGAAGCAGAGCAGCCUGUGGACAUGAAGCUCACCACAAACUGACUUUUGAACUGAGAAGCACAACUGUAUGGUGCAGUGAUUUCUCCUGGAUUUGUUACCCUGCAAGUUUACGCCAAUAAUUCCAUUUUGUUUGGAAGGUGAAGUUUUAUCAGUGAAUUGUAAGGUACAUGUUUGUAUGUCAACAGAUAUAUAUGAAUAUGUGUGUAGUCUUGUAAUUUAUUUAUUUUGUUAAUAAUAGGAUCUUUAGGGCCUAGGUGUAAGGUACCAUUAUCAUAUUCCACCAGAAUAUUGUAUAUUUUGAUUAAGGGCGCAUGGUGCAUUGGGGGCUCUUCUCCAGCAUUGUGAUGAUGAAAAAGAUGGUGAUGAUGAUGAUUAUUAUUAUUAUUAUGGUGGUAAAACAAAGAGCUCUGUCAUACUAAAAUGUCAUUCAUUGUUCUUUCUAUGUUUAAAAUAUUUUUCUAGUUCCAGUGUCAAAAUUUGAACACCCCUUCUUGUAGGGAUUGAUAAAGGUUAUAAAACAGUCUAUUGAGUUGGAAAGUACAAGAAUGGUUUUUGUCAAAUGACAAACAUAAUUUAUAGGAGACAAGAAGCUUUUCCUCUGGUAGAAUGUCCUUCAUUUUUCCAAACUCAUAUCAUGUUAAUGGAUGGUUGCUUGUAUUAAACUGUGUGUACAACUGUUUGGUAUCUGUAUUGUGUGUUAUUGAAUUAGAAUGAGCAUUUUGAAGUAUGGAAAUGUACAACGUUAUAACCGUUGUUAGGAACCUGGGACAGCACUGACUUUUGUAAGUUGAUCCAAUGCAAAGCUGUGUCUAUCACUACCCGUUGUUUAUAAAAUAACAGAUGAGAAGAAUGUCUCUUCAUAUCUGAACUGGUAAUGUGUGUUACCUACAUAAUUAGUGGGAACUGAAAUUGUGUGAACUGAUUGUAUCAGAAUACUUCAAUUGCUAGUUCUUUCGUGUAAUAUUAAACAAAAUCUGUGGAACAUAUCGUAUCUAUGUAGAAAUAUGUGUUUGUCUUUAUUUGUCCAGGAUUCUAUUUUCUAAUCAAGAAUUACUCUAUGGCCAAUAAUUAUUUUAUAAUGGUUGUUAAUGAGGAACUAUCCAUUUCAUUUAAUUUUCACAUUAAUCUCUGUAAGCUGUGUAUUGGCCUUUCAUGGUUCUGUUACAAUGAAUGAAUUGUGCUUGAAAACUUGUACAAAGGCAAGCAACUGUAACUUUCUGUGAUUUAAUGAAACGGGAAAAGAGGCAGCAAGAACUGUGAUGUUGUAUAAUUGAAUGCUGAACCGGGGUGCUUUGAAGACACGUCCAUCGAUAAAGCUGACGCUUACACAGCCUAUCUGCCUGCUUGUUUCAAUGAGAAUGUAAUGUUAUAUUGUUAAAGACAGAGGCAUUAUGUAGAAAAUUUUACUUCAGCUAUAAUUUUAACACUCAUUAACAAUAGUUCAUUGACACAUAAGAUAGUGCAACAAUUGCUGUAAUAUGUCCAAAAUUGCGUCCAACAAUAAUGUGAUGUCAUCAUAAUGAAACAAAAGGUUAAAGCCAUGUUCUUACUCUUUGAAAGUAAAGGUGCUCUCAGAUGCUGUAGUGAAAGUUUGCAGAGUAUAAUUUUAUAAUUCAGCAUUGUAUAUAUGGAAGUACACCUUCUCACAAUACACAAUAUGCAGUGCCUCACAAAAUUUCUCUUUUGUAGUAAUGUAAGGUUAGAAGAAUGAUAGCAUUGUUGCUUCUUUUCCAUCGUACCCCAGUGGGCGAACAUGUGACAAUGCCAUGGGUGAAUCCCAGGUGUGAUGUAUCUGUUGAUCUGAUACCUGUGAAAGGGUAAAUUCCUCACAAGGUGAUGGACUUGUGUAUGAUUGGUGAGGUAAGUAAGAGUACGAAGGGCCCACAGGACAAAGAAUGAACACUAAAUAUUUCACACUGAGAAGAUUUUGAUUCUCUCUUUGAGGUACACCUGGGAAAUGGCUUGUGAAGCGUACUAUUGGUAGCUCAUGGAGGAGAAAUACCUGGAAAUACUUACUUAAAACUUAUAUAUGCCUGUUUAAAAAUGAAAAAGGUCAUAAACAUUUGGUGAUAUUUUCUUACACAAUUGUGCGUUGUAAAUAUGGUUGCAGUUAAGUGACAGAAUGCCUGUUUCUGUAAAAUGUAGAAUGUAUUCUAUAAUAUACAUGUUAUACUCGAUUAUGGAGUUUAAAUGGAGUAUUUUACAUGAUGUGAAAUAAAAGAUUUACCACACA